UUAUCACAUCUAAGUUCACGUAAAAAUGAAGUGAUUGUAACUGCAUUUCAUUGCAUAACGCAUUAUAUAAGUUGAAAUUCAUUUAUAGUCACACAGUUCCACUUUCUGUUUUUGAGGUCAAUGCAAAGCAGGAAAAAAUGGCGAGCAAAUAUGUGUUUUUGUCAUUACUAAUUUUCAACGUAGCUGUUAACGGCAACAACAUAGAUUCGUACAAUUCAAUAUAUGGCAAUGAACAGGAAGAACAAAGAGCAUCAAGCUAUUGUCAAAAUAUUAAGUUCGGGUCUCUACAUAAAGAAGCCGAACGAAUCGCAGUAACAUCAUGUUGCCGAGAUCACAUUGAUCAAUGCACUGAUGAAAUACCCGUAUCAAACAUCAAGCAUGGGUUGCACAAUAGAGAGCAGUACGUUAUCAGAAACUGCGAAUGCAGUAAGAAAUACAUCAAAUGUCUGAAGGAACUUGACAACAGCGCAGCACAAAACUCUUAUAUUGCGUACAUAUCUGAUAUACACAUUUGCUUCGCAAUUUCGCUCCCAAUAAAGCGCUGCGUAAUGUCAGAUUUCAUACGCAGAUGUAGAAGUUACGAAUUGAUGGAUGGAAUAGCAAAAUAUCAAUUCUUCGAUCAGUAUUUGAUUACUGAUGGCGGAGUCGACGACGGUGUCUUGGGAAGUGGAUCAACCGGACCACAGGCUGACGAAAUAAACGCAUACGAUGCCGAGUUUACGUAUCCGAAUCUCUUCCCACUAUGUAAGCCACACCAACUGGGUCAAGAGGACUGGCAAUUAGCAUCUCGAUGCUAACAAAACGGGCGGUUCAUUGAGGUUCGAAAAUAUUCAACAAUAUUUAACCAAAAGUGUUGUAGAGAAUGCUAAAAAAUGCUGUUUUUGGUAGAUUUUUUUCAUCCUUUUUUUUAUAAAACUUCACCGUAAUUACAAAUUCUAUUGGUAACUUUGGUGAAAAUAAUUACCAAAACACACAAAUUUCUCUUGUCGACUCUGGCAUUUUUCCAUGUACACUCCGUCAACAUAGCCAAAGCCAUAAGAUCACAAGAAAAUUUUGUGAAAUUCUUUGUAUGAAAAUAAAAUGUUAAAUGGCUUCGACGUUUGGUCAAAUGGUUCAGUCUUUUG